AUGGGGCGAGAGGAUGCUAUUCUCCUUUUCCUGUCCAUCGCACUCCCCGCCCUCGUGGGCCUCCAUCUGUUCGUCGCUCCCUACACCAAGGUAGAGGAGUCUUUCCAUAUCCAAGCCGUUCAUGAUCUUCUCGUCUUGGAGAUUCCGACUCGUAAUGUCUCCGAUGUCCUUCGUGCGGAGUAUGAUCAUUUCUCGUUUCCAGGAGCUGUGCCUCGAACGUUUGUCGGUGCGGUUCUGUUGUCCGGAAUGGCGCGUCCGUUCCUCUGGGUGAAGGAGAGCAUCGAUGGACAAAUCUUAGUGCGAGGUAUCCUCGGCGUGCUCAAUGCCCUGUCCCUGCUAUGGUUCGCCUCCGGAAUGCGACGAACCUUCGGCAAGACCACGGCUAUGUGGUAUCUCCUCUUCCAGACCAGUCAAUUCCAUAUCAUCUACUAUGCCUCACGGACCCUGUCGAACAUGUUCGCCUUUUGUCUGUCCACCCUGGCGCUGCGCUUUCUUCUCCCCGAUCCGGUAGCCUCCGACGUAUACCGCAGACGAUGUCGACUGGCGCUGUUCCUGCUGACCAUGGCGGGGAUUAUCUUCCGCUCGGAGCUGGCGCUACUACUCGGCACAAACACCAUCUUCCUCUUCCUUACAGGACGCAUCAGCAUCAGACAAGACAUCAUCCCCGCGGGGGCGCUCGGUCUCGUCCUCGGACUGGCCCUCACCGUCUCGGUGGACUCGUUCUUCUGGCAGCAAUUCCCGCUAUGGCCGGAACUCGCCGCGUUCAAAUUCAACGUCGUCUCCGGCCAUGCGUCGGCCUGGGGUACUCACUCCUGGCACUUCUACUUCACUAACGCUCUUCCGCGUCUUCUCCUCAAUCCACUCAGCUACCUUGUCGGGGUUCCGUUGGCAGUAUUACAGCACUCGACGCGCUCCGCCGCCAUCUAUCUCCUCAUGCCCGCCCUGGCCUUCAUCGCCAUCUACAGUCUGCAACCGCACAAGGAAUGGCGAUUCAUCGUCUACACCGUACCAACGUUCACGGCGACGUCUUCCCUGGGAGCGUCUUACCUCUGGACCCACCGGAGUAAAUCCCUCUUCUACUGUCUUCUCUCCCUCGCCCUGAUCGUAUCGACUUUCAUCUCCUUCCUCUGCGCGAAUCUCGUCCUCCUCCCCGCUUCUUCGGCUAAUUACCCUGGCGCUCAAGCCUUACACACUCUCCACCGCGUCGCGGACUCUACCCAACCAGUCAUCUCCGUCCAUCUAGGCAACCUCGCCUGCCAAACAGGCAUCACGCGGUUCCAACAGAUACCUGCUCCCACUUCCAGCCAAGACCAAGGCCAGCAAUCCACAUGGCACUACGAUAAAACUGAGAACGAGACUGAAAAGACAUCAUCGACAUUCUGGUCCCGGUUCGAUUACGUCCUCAUCGAGCCGGGAGAGGAAACGAGUCUGCGGUCUGUGUACCCGUCCUGGGAGGAGGCCGCGAUCAUCGACGGGUUCGCGGGAGUGCGACUCGUUCGGCCGGGGGAUGUAGCUGUCGGCGUUGUGGAGGAGAGAUUCUUCCGGUCGGUGCUGGGAGAGCAGGCGGUGGGGGUGUGGAAUGCCAUGAGGGAUUAUCUUCGGGGGUUAAUGCGUGGUUGGUGGGUGGAGUGA